UAUAUAUAUUAUAGUUUUAAAUAUUUUAGUUUAUAUAUUACUUAUAGAAAAAAAGGUCUGAAAAAAUCUUUUGUUAUCCGUAGGGAUACGGAUUCAUGGAAUCUAUACAACAGAUGUCCGAACAUCGUAUACGGUAUAGAUCCCUAUGAUUGGGGGGUGAGUGGUGGUGGUGGUGAGGAAUGUUAGGUCCAGAUGAUAGGACGAGCGGUGGCGGGGGAUGUCAUCUCCUGGUGUGUCUGUAAGGGAAAGUCGGUUAGUACUAUUCACACUGUUGUAUUACAACGUACGUAAUUUACUCCAUUUUAAUUUGCCGUAUUAAUUUUUCUCGUGCGUUUAUUUAAAAAUGUUUAAAUGCGAGCAAUGCCCUUUGGUAUUCAUGUACGAAACUAAUUUGAUGGUUCACCGAAAAACGCAUAUAAAUUUUUUUAAAUGCGAUCAAUGUACUUCGGAAUUCACGGCGAAACGUAAUUUAACUGCUCACCGCAAAACACAUGGCGGUGUCCGUUUCCCGUGUACUAGAUGCUCCAUUACAUUCAGUUACAAGACCAGCCUCAAAAAACAUUUGAAAAAUGUUCAUGGUAAGUAUUUCUGUUUUACACUUUAAAUAUUUAUUUAUAUACAUAUUUUUUUUUUUACUAGGUGUUAUACAAGCCCCGAUUCGGCAAAGAAAUAUUCGAAUCAUGCCGAAAACAACCACCCCCGAUAAUGUUCAUGGUAAGUAUUUCUGUUUUACACUUUAAAUAUUUAUUUAUAUUAUAUUUUUUACUAGGUAUCAUGCAGCAAGGAAAUAUACAGAUCGCACCCCAAAUAUUUGUUCCUGAUAUUCCAGCAGGUUCGUCAUGUGUACGAGAUAUCGAGGUAAACGGUUCACCAGUGAUACCAACCCUAAAUGAUGCCGUGAUAGACUGUCCGGUGGAACCAUCCGUCCGAAAUGAUAAACUAUCAGCAGUACGAGAUAGCGUAUCACCAGUACGAGAUAACAUAAUGUCAACAGUACGAGAUAACGUGAUGGAUGAAUUUUACAACAACGUGGAUGACGAUGGCGAUUACGCUCAAGUUGCAGAUAUCAUCGAAAACCUUGGAUUCUGUAAAAAGGAAGAUUCAUACACUACGCUUGAUAAUGGAAAACGCGUUUCCAGUGCAAACACUAAAUCUGCUGUCAGGGCAAAAAAAUUACGCUUGAAUCUCGUAAAGUCCCCCGGGUUUACACAAAUCUCGACGUCAUCAAACAACACAAUCACUUGGUAUUACGUAAAAAAUACCGGCAAUAUUCAAAACUAUAUUUACUUCAUUGAUUCUAUUAAAUCCGAACUAAUCAAUUUACUAAAAUCAAUUGCGAGAAAUUGUUGA